GCCCCAGUAGGGGCUUCUUCUCUGAGGACCUCCGGCGUGAAUAAAGUUUUACAGUUGCGGCUGCAGCAGCGAAGAAGCCGAGAGCAGCUCGCCAACCAGGGAAUCAUGCCACCACUGAAAAGCCCCUCUCCCUUCCAUGAGCAGAAGAAGUGUUUGGAGAGAGCCAAGACUGAAGAUUAUUUAAAGCACAAGAUCCGAAACAGACCUGACCAUUCCGAAUUGGUUGAUAUGCACAUUUUACAGGAUUCAGCUGCAGAAGAGUCCAUUCAAACUACUCAGAUGAAACUGAAAAGAGCCCGUCUUGCAGACAAUCUGAAUGAAAAAAUUGCUCUUAGGCCAGGUCCUCUGGAGCUGGUGGAAAAGAAUAUCAUUCCUGUUGACUCAGCUGUGAAAGAGGCCAUCAAAGGUACCCAGGCGAGCUUCUCAAAAUCCUCUGAUGCCUUUGCUUUUGAAGAAGACAGCAGCAAUGAUGGUAUGUCCCCACAGCAGGUCAGAAGUGAUGAUUCCCAGGGAUCCUCAGAAUCAGCAGCAGGAACUAAAAUUUCAGAAGCAGCAUUCCCCUCAAUGUCAGGGACAACUCAGGGUCAUUCCCAUGGCUCUGCAAAUGAUACAGGUGAUUCAACAUCUCUGCAGAAUAGCCAUCCAGAAAGUCCGAAAAGCCUGAAUGGGCAGCAGACACCUCCUGUCACUAUGGCCACCUCUGCAAAGUCAAAAUCGUCGAAUGAGAGCAAGAAUCGCCACAAAAAGCCCAAGGAGAUGAAGCCCAAAGUGAAGAAGCUUAAGUAUCACCAGUACAUUCCCCCCGACCAGAAAGCGGAGAAGUCUCCUCCUCCCAUGGACUCGGCUUAUGCAAGGCUCCUGCAGCAGCAGCAGCUCUUCCUGCAGCUCCAGAUCCUCAGCCAGCAACAGCAGCACCGGCAUCAUCAGCAUUUCAACUAUCCUGGGUCACAUUCCACUCAGCUGAAGCAACCAAAUGAGCAAAUGGCCAAAACCUCAAGCUCUUCCCCAUCAGCAAUCACCAGCAGCCCUCAUUCUCCUGUGAAGGGAACCUUUUCAGGACAGUCCUGCGUUUCUUCUCUCAAGCCGGGUCCUCUCCCAUCCAAUCUGGAUGACUUAAAAGUGUCAGAGCUAAGACAGCAGCUCCGCAUAAGGGGCCUGCCUGUAUCAGGUACAAAGACAGCUUUGAUGGAGCGCCUGCGGCCCUUCCAGGAGUGCAGCGGGGGUUCAGUGGCCAGCUUCAAUGAAAUAACAACGGUUACCUUCCCAGUGACCCCAACAAGCUCUCUGUCCAGCUACCAGUCACAAUCUUCGACCAGUCUGUUAUCCAAUGGCUUCUACCACUUUGGCAGCACCAGCUCUACACCGCCUAUCUCCCCCGCUUCUUCUGACCUAUCAGUGAAUGGUUCCUUGCCGGACAGUUUCAACGAAGGACCAAUGUCUUCUCCACCAUUUGUCUUGCACCCUUCUCCUGUGCAAGGCGGCUGUGAAGAGAGUCUGAUGGGAAGUGUUAAUGGAGCUGGCAUCCAGCUUGAUGUGGAAAGGGUCGACACAGAGAAAGACAAGAUGCUGGUAGAAAAGCAGAAGGUCAUCAAUGAGCUCACCUGGAAACUGCAGCAAGAGCAGAGGCAAGUGGAAGAGUUGAGGAUGCAGCUCCAGAAGCGUAAACGGGGCCACGGAUUUGAGGAGAAGCAGCCCCCAUCACGGUUCUUUGGCUUUCCAAUCAAGCAAGAAAACACAGUGUCCAGCUGUCCAUUUGCCUCUAAGCAGGCUGUCUUGAAAGGCCAGGUCGGCAACUCUGACACACUGAGCAACAGUGGGACACCUCAGCUGCCCCGUCUUGUAAAUAGCCAUUGCAUGGAAUCUUCAGGACAAAAUGGUAUACUGUCCUCCACAUUCCUAAGCCCACAGUGCUCUCCCCAGCAUUCUCCACUAGAGGCAGCAAAGAGUCCACAACACAUCAGCCUUCCACCCUCACCAAAUGGCCAUUACCUCCUCUCUGUGUCCCCGAAUACUCAGGGAGAAGGUCGCAGCAGUUCUCCACAGCCCAGCAGCCAUCUGUGCACAGCUCCAGUGCCAACACAAGGAGGCCAGAAGUAUUCCAUUCUGUCCCCAAGCUUUUGUAAGUCCAAUGCUGCCCUCCCAGAGGGAAAGCAGCCGCCACCCUAUGCGGAUGCUGUGAAACAGCAGAUGACCCGAAGUCAGCAGAUGGAUGAGCUGUUGGAUGUGUUGAUUGAAACUGGAGAAAUGCCUGCUAAUGCCAAAGAGGAGCGCCCUUGUCUUCAGAAAGUGCCUCAGAUAACUGUAUCUUCUGGGACGUCCGGAACAUCUUCACUACUAAAAGCAUCAGCUUCGUUUGAGCAAGGCCCUCCAAGCCAACUCUCCUUUGAACGCUGCCCUAGCAGCAAUGACAGUCAUCUAGAAAUCUUGUUAAAUUCCCACAGCCCCUUGGGGCGGUCAAGUGAAGUCAACCUCCUCAAGGUGGGUGGUGAGGAACCUCACUUUGAAGGGGUGAUGGAAGGAUUUUCAAGCAAAGCUGCCGAUGAACUGCUCACACCCCAUGAGAUCCUGCCAUCUCCCCUCUCACCUAUGGAGACUCCAUUGUCUCCUUCUUCUGUUGAAGGAUCUGGUUUGCACAUGAGCUUCACAGAGUCUCCGUGGGAAACAAUGGAAUGGCUGGACCUCACUCCACCUAGUUCAGCCCAUGGUUUCAGUUCCCUUACCACCACAGGCCCCAGCAUCUUCAACAUUGAUUUCUUAGAUGUUACUGAUCUCAACUUGAACAGCACCAUGGAUCUGCACUUACAACAGUGGUGA